AAACCUCAGUACAUAUCUCUUCUCAUAGCCUCUCUCUCUCUCUCUCUCUCUCUCUCUGUGUGUAACGUUUUCCGAUCGAAAGAUCGAGUCUUUUUGGAUCGAAAUGUUCGGUGGAAGUGGAAUAGGGACGACGGGUUUUGCAGAGGUUUACGCAAUGAGGAGUAUUCACAGGGAGAAGGUGAAGAAGAAGCUUGCUUCCAUCAAGCAGAGGAAGAAAGAGGAAAACGUGGUGACAGAAGACGACAAAACAACUUGGAAGCUUUUCAAAUCCAAUAAGAAUCCCAAGAACAAGAACAACCCCAAGGUUUCUUCUGCUGAUUCAUAAACAUUGCACAAGACAAGAGUGUGUGUGUUCUUAUUACGUAUAUAUCUAUGUAUGUCUGUGUGUAUUGUCUUGUAACUGGUUAUUUGUUUAAUUGAUUUCUUUUUUAUUCUCUUGCACAUGUUCGCGCAUA